UCAACAAUGGAACCAACCACUCCCUAUUCCCAUGAGGAUGACGUUGACUCCACCCACAGCUCGAAUUCUACUGCGAGUGACGGAACCGAGAGAGAAGAGAAUAACAAUAAUGAAUCUCAAGAAGAGACGAGAACGUCGAGAAGUCCCAAUGAGGCUUUGGAUGAGAUAAGGAGGCAACAGACGCAUAACCUCUACUGUCCUAAAUGUAAAACUAACAUCACCAAAAGCGCUGAACUCGUUGUAAAGAAUCAAGAGACCGAUUCGUACAAAACAAAGGCUUACGUACUUUGGGUUCCCCUCGUUAUCUCGCCCUUCGAGUUCCCUACCCUUCAUCUCUUAUUGUCUUUUCUCACAGGACUAUGGAAGAAACUAAAGACACUUGUCCCAAACUGUUUGUCACGGCUCAGUCCCAACUUUCUGCCUCUGCGGUACCUACUGGUUGCGGUUCUACUAUUGCUAUCAGUCAUUGUCCUGUGGUCCUCUGAUCCUCCUCUGCCACCACCACCGCCACCUUAUCCUUCACCAUUGCCACCGCCUCCUUCGCCUUCACCAACACCAGGGCCGGAUUCUCCUUUGCCAUCGCCAGGGCCGGAUUCUCCUUUGCCACUGCCAGGACCGCCUCCUUCACCUUCGCCAACGCCAGGGCCUGAUUCUCCUUUACCAUCGCCAGGGCCGGAUUCUCCUUUGCCACUGCCAGGACCGCCUCCUUCAUCUUCGCCGACGCCAGGGCCGGAUUCUCCUUUGCCAUCGCCAGGGCCGCCUCCUUCACCUUCGCCAACGCCAGGGCCGGAUUCUCCUUUGCCAUCGCCAGGGCCGGAUUCUCCUUUGCCAUCGCCAGGGCCGGAUCCUCCUUUGCCAUCGCCAGGGCCGCAUCUAUAUGAAAAAAAUCGCUGGCUCAUACAUUUCCCGAGUAUCAAGUACCUUUCUGUAUUCUCGCUAUUGUUCCUUGCCAUUCUGACUCUCCCUUGGGCUUCCAUUUCCCCCAUCUUCAAUAACCUUAUUGCAGCAAUUAAAACAUGGAGCAAAAGAGUUAUUCCACAAACUUUUAUAAAACCUCAACCCCGUCUUAGUAGUACAGAUAAAGCUCUAGGUAUUUUCACAUGUAAAAUUACUAUAACAGGAGAUCAUCAUCUUUGUCAUCUUUCCCUGACCCUCUUUCUCAUUUAUUUGCUUAAGAUGACAAAAACACAUCUAGGAGCGAAGAAACCAUCACGCCUAAUACUCAGCUGGAUAACAAAGUGCCACUUCCAGAUGUUUUGUGGAAAUCCAAUGUGGAUCCGACCCGGGAACCUGAUUGCCAAAUCCAAAGGAAAUGUGGAAAUAUAUCGUGGUUCUAGUUCAAAACCACUUACCAAUGUUGAAAUAUAUCGUGGUUCUAGUUCAAAACCACUUACCAAGAGAGCUAGACAUCUUGAAGAGUAUUGUGUACGGAGGUCUUAUCGAGUCCAUCACAAGCCUCGGUGUCGUAUCCUCCGCUGUCGCUUCCGGAGCUUCAACUCAAUAACCGACAAGGGACACUACAAAGCUGCGGUUGUUCUUGCUGCAUCUCUGGUCUGCGUCAUCUCUCUCUCCUUUGCCAAAGCCUACGCUUUCCGCAUGCAAAAACUCAGGACCAUGGCUGAAUACACCGGAAUGGCGUUUGGGGCAUCUGCCUUUUCAUUCAUUGCCAGCCGAAUCGUCAGUGAUAUCUUUGAAAAGUUUGGCUUUCAUGAGCUUGCAGCUGAGUACCGAAAAGACUGA